UUUAUUUAAAACAGUUCAACGAGAUUAACCUAUUCGGACGUUUCGGGAGUGAAAAACAAAAUAAAACGAAAAUAAGGAUUUUCGAAAAACUAAAUUAAAUUAAAUCCAUGAAAUAAUAACUUAAGAAAUAUUUUAAUUUUACACUUUGUCAUUGUCAAAAUGUCGCUUUUAAAUGCUACCGGCUCGGUCCUUAGUGACAUUACACAAUUCACCUUUAAUACAUUCGAUUAUACCGUGUUCGUUUUUAUGUUAUGUAUUUCCGCCGCCAUCGGUGUUUAUUUCGGUUUCUUUUCGAAAGGUGAAGAAACCACCGAGGAAUAUUUACAUGGCGGUAAACAAAUGAAAACAUUACCCAUUGCUAUUUCUUUGGUGGCCAGUCAACUGUCGGGUAUUUCUAUUAUGACUAUACCGGCGGAAAUGUAUUCGUAUGGUAUUAAUUGGGUUUUCAAUGUGGUCUCAACGGUUGUGACAAUACCCAUGCUUUGUUGGAUGAUUAUACCAGUUUUCUAUAAUAAUGGCAUUUCUAAUUGUUACGAAUAUUUAGAAUUGCGUUUCAAUCGUAAAACUCGAGAACUUUUAACGGUGGCUUUCAUGGUGACAUUAUUCUUUAUGUUACCAGUUUUUAUUUUUAUACCCGCUUUAGCUUUGCUCAAGGUAAUUACCGGUAUCAACAUUCACUUGAUUAAUGGCAUUGUCUGUUCCAUCUGUGUGUUUUAUACAAUGUUUGGUGGCAUUAAAGCUGUCGUUUGGACCGAUGUUGUACAGGCUGCUAUUAUGGUCGUUUCUGUGGUAUUGGUGGGUAUUUUGGGUGCUUAUAAAGUUGGUGGUUUUGGUGAGGUCUUUCGUAUAGCUGCAGAAGGUGGUAGAUUAGAUGUUAAUUUUGCAUUCGAUGCUACUACUCGCUCGACAUUUUGGAAUUGUUUUAUUAGUUCCACAGUAAUGUGGACUUCUUAUGUGGGUCUGAAUCAAAGUUGUGUACAGAGAAUUGUUUCGUUGCCAACACUUAAACAUGCCAGACAUUCCCUGAUAAUAUUCGGUUUUGGUUUCGUUUUAAUCAUGGCCUUUAAUUGUAUAACCGGUAUUGUUAUGUAUGCCCGUUAUCAUGAUUGUGAUCCUCUAGCUGCCGGUUUUGUGGAGAAGGCCGAUAAAUUAAUGCCCUUCUUUGUGCAAGACGUAGUGGGUCAUCUGAAAGGUAUGCCUGGAGUAUUUAUAUCCUGUGUCUUCAGUGCUGCUUUAAGUACCAUGUCGGCUAGUAUGAAUUCUCUCGCUGGUAUUGUUUAUUUCGAUUAUAUUAAACCUAGAAUCAAACAUACCGAAAGACGUGCCAAUUUAAUUAUGAAGGCAUUGGUCCUAUUCACUGGCAUAUAUUGUAUUCUGGCGGGUGUUAUAGUCGAAAAAUUCACCUCGAUUUUGCAAAUGGUCUAUUCGAUUGGUGGUGUUACUUUUGGUGCUGUUUUCGGAGUAUUUAUGAUGGGUAUGUUGGUGCCCAAGGCUCAUGGUAAGGCCGCCUUUUAUGCGGUUGUCUCCAGUAUGUUGGCUAUGUUGAUUAUUGUAGUAGCGGCUCAAGGUCGUUUACAUUAUAAAGCCUUACCCAGUUCGGUGGAAUAUUGUCCUGAUUUGAAUAUAACACUCAGCAAUACUUCUCCUUUGGUUAAUACGGCCUUGGAAACAACAGACCUAACAGAUAAAGCUUUUAAUAUAUUGGAUAUGUCUUUUAACUGGUAUGUGGUACUGGGUACCUUAAUUGUCUUUGGAGUUGGUGUACCCUUCAGUUAUAUAUUAACUCCCGAAAAAGGAGCCAAAUUUGAUGUUAAAUUACUGUCACCCCUUAUUCAACCAUUUGUUAAUUAUGAAUUGGCCCAGGUGGAGGAGGAGUUGCCAGAAAUCAUUACUUCCAAACCCCCCUAUAAGUCAUAAAAACGAAUUUAGGAUCUAUUCAUAUUAAGAGUGAUACUAAGGAAAUACAUUUUAUUACUACUAAGCUAAAGGAAAAGGGCUAUUAUGUACUGUGUACAUUAUUAAAUGCCCCACUCUAUUAUAGAUACAAUUAAGAUUUGUGAUUCUUAACAACUAUUGUAUUACUUAUCUCAGGUUUUCCCUUAAAUAAUUAAGAUUUAUUAGUUUAAGGCGUUACACGAUUAGUAAGUUCCUCGUAAGAUAAACACAUCUUUGAACUUAAUUUGUUUCUCUAUUAUUUAUUUAAGUUAAUUUCUAAAUUGUUUAUAAUGUCGUGCAAAUAAACUAGAAACAAAUUAGAUAAAGAACUUGUUAAUAAAAA